GUACGGGGUAGCUGCAUAAUACCUAUGUACCUAUGACCUAUGUAAUCCCUCCCCCCUUUUUUCCUUUUCUUUCUGUUUCCUCGGCGCGGCUACCAGCGCAUCGUACUUGGAACUAGUUACAGCUCAGCUCUUGCUAUACUCUGCAUCGUAUUUAUUGAUUAUGUGAUCUUUGGACUCCUACGAGCAAAAAAGAAAUUGCUGAACCGAUGCUGCUUAAUGCAGGAGUACAUUGCGUCUUGUCUCUUUCAUGCAUGCUGGACACGGCAUUUUUGGUGUUAGAGUUUUGUACGGGCUGACGGCGUGGGACUAACUUGACUGAUUAUUUAUUCAUGUCUUGCGGUGUCGAUUAUUCCGCCAGAAUGGAAAUCCCCAAGGAUGUGGUGAAGUCGUUGAUUGGGCUUCUGCCCCUAUUACAACUUUCUUACAACUCUCUUAUUUUUCUUAAGCCGAGACCUCGGAUAUUCAAAAUUCAAGCCCCUUGCUCCUUUCCGACGGUAAUCCGAAGAGGGAUAUCACUUGCAAAAAAAAUAAAAAUAAAAAUAAAAAAUAAAAAUAAAAAUACCUAAAAUAAAGGAACUAAGGGCCUCUUUACAACUCUUCUAGGAGUUCUGCCCUUAGUCUCAAGGAUUAACGUCGCCUAAAUCCUUGAAGCAUGGCGAGGAUACGGGACUUGCUGUUGCCUGUCGACGACAAGGACACUGAAGAGGUGGUAGUGAAAAAGGAGGAUGAAACCACCAGGAAGGCCGAUAUUAUACCCCCCGAGACGACGAGGUUUUUUGUGGAAUUUAUCUUGGAUGUGAUCUGUCCAUACUGCUACAUCGGGUUCAAAAAUCUAAAGACCGCUAUCGAGACCUAUAGAGCCCGUCAUCUGGAGGCAAUUUUUGAGAUAGUCUGUACUCCGUUUCUGCUUCAUCCUCUAGCAGCUCGAAGUGCAUACGAUAAAUCCGACUACCUAAUCGCACGUACCCGAGGCCCCGCGUAUUGGGUCGGCCCCGGACAGGCAGCUGGCAUAAACUUCACCUGGGCCGGGCGCACGGGAAGCACCCGGAACGCGCACAAGCUUCUCCGGUUCGCACUAGAAAGCACGCCCACAACGACGCGCGGAGCACGUAAUAGACGGGGGGCGUCAGCUCCGCCAUUGUCACACACCAGCACUCGCUCGCCGUCAUCGCCGUCCGCCACGAACGGCAACGCUCCAGCCCGGGGCCCAGCCCUCCAACUGCGCCUCCUGGAAGCGCUCUUCCGGGCACACCACGAGUCCGACGGGGAUAUAUCAGACCCGUCGUUUCUGGCCGAGACCGCGUCCGCCGCGACGGGGUUCACGAGCGCCCAGAUCCGCGCCGUUCUCGAGGACGCGAGCGAGGUGUGGGGCCGCGCGGUGAGUGCUUUGGUCGCGGAGGUGUCGUCCCCGCGGGGGCUCGCGGUGCGUGCCGUGCCUACGUUUGUGGUCAACGACCAUUACGUGAUUGGCGGGGUGCAGAGCGCGGAGUUUCUGGUUGAUGAGUUUGAGAGGAUACGGAGGGGUAGAGGAGGGUAUGGUGUGGGGGGUUGAUGGAGGAGGGAACUUUCAUGGGGUAGUCGAGUCGUCUUGAAAGGGGCUGGUUAUUUUUACUAGUUCCUAGAGCUUGUCUUCUCUCUCCUAUUAGUUCUACCCUCGAGUUAAGGGGAGUGCGAGCCCGCCUGACCUGGAAGUUCAACAGGUCGAAAAUAGCUAUAAUUGGAAGUUUGUGAAUAUUUAGCAAAAGGAGAUAUAUCUAGCCACGGCUUUAAAAAAGAGGAAGGUAGCUACCGGUUAUUCAGUAUUGUUAAAUACCUAAGAGCAGUGCAAUUGUUUGGAU